AUGGCAGGAUCAAUCGCUAAGAAGGCAUCCACGCCAUCCAAGGGUCCCGCAUCAGCAACAAAGUCAUCCUCGGCAAAGGGAAACAGAAGCAUCUUGAAUUUCUUCCAGAAGACGGACGCACCGGCUGGGGCUACCUCUCGCCAACCGCGUAUCACUCAGUUCGUCGGAUCAUCUGGAUCACCGAGCAGUGGGCGUGGCACGCCGAAGUUGCAGAAUGGAAAUAGCUCCAGGAGUGACACUUCCGAGGGUCUGUUUUUAGAGGAUAAGAAAGGAUUGGCCAAGGUUGAACGGACGAGCGUGACGAUCGACUUGACUGAGAGGGCUCGAUCAAAGACGCCGGAAGAUAUCUGGGGCGAGACUGAGGAUGUGAUGGAACAGGAGGGUUCUCGGUACAAUGAAAAUGGGCAGCCUGUCAAACGUCGUAAGGUGGAUUUACCGAAUGGUUCGAUUGAGAGUGGAGAAGCAGACGAUACGGCCAAGCCAGUCAAACCCGCCCCGGCCAAGAAGUCGAACAAUGGGCCUUUUAUCGAUGAAUCAGACAGCGAAGAUGAUAUGGAAGCGUACCGGGAGCUAAAGGAGACCACCCCUACGAUACCUGACACGACUAAUAAGGAUCCACCCCGUUCGCUUGACGACCAACCGAGCCCAAAACCUCUUGCCGCCCAGCGCUCGCUGGCACCACUGGUAAGAGACGCAACGAAUGAUACCAACGAUGAUGAACUCGCGAAUUUUGACGAUAUUGAAGACGGCGACGAGCUUGUAGGGGAGGAGUUUCGAGAUAGGCCGUGGGACGACCGUGAAGAUGAAGACGGACGACCAACCGACUUUGGGAUGAUGACGCCUGACGACUUUAAUGAUUCAACUGAUUUCGACCCCGAGCCCGACGGAGUAAGCACCUGCCCGGUAUGCCAGAUAGCGCUAGCAGGAUUCAGCGAGACAGAACUGUCGGUACACGUGAACGACUGUUUGGACGGCAAGACGUCUGCACCGACCCCGACUGAACCGGCCCCGAGCACCCCAGCAUCAGAUGUGAAGACCGAGGAGGUUUCCGGUAAAGGGUUGACACGAUUUGAACGGGCAGCCAUUGCUCGGCCUCCGCAGCGUGACCCAUAUUCUAAGAAUGCCCCAGGCGCACGAUCCGCAUUUUCCAAGAUGAUGGCAGGAAACGCCGAAGAUACGGCCUGGGCAGCCGCCGCUGCGAACGAGGUUUCAUCUCGCGGGAAGCAAGCCUACCAGCGAACUUGUCCAUUCUACAAGAUUAUGCCCGGCUUCUCGAUCUGCGUGGAUGCUUUUCGUUACGGAGCAGUUGAGGGGUGCAAUGCCUACUUUCUCAGCCACUUCCAUAGCGAUCAUUAUAUUGGAUUGACCAAGUCCUGGUGCCAUGGUCCCAUCUAUUGUAGCCGGCCAACGGGCAACUUGGUUCGACAGCAACUUCGCGUGGACCCUAAAUGGAUCGUGGAUCUCGACUUUGAGACCACGACCGAGGUGCCUGAUACGGGAGGUGUUCAGGUCACCAUGAUUCCUGCCAACCAUUGUCCCGGAAGCUCGUUGUUUCUCUUCGAGAAGAGCUUCGGUGGCGGACCCAACGCCCGACGGCAGCGCAUUCUUCAUUGUGGCGAUUUUCGAGCGUCCCCAACUCAUGUACAACACCCUCUUCUUCAACCCAACCCUAUCAAUCCAGUCACCGGCCAGCCACGACAACAGCGAAUCGAUACAUGUUAUCUCGAUACCACCUAUCUCAGCCCCAAGUAUGCCUUUCCUAGCCAGGAGGCUGUGAUCACAGCCUGCUCGGAACUCUGCGUUCGACUCAAUGAAGAAUCUGGGGUGGGGAGCGAGGUUGGGAAGAUGGGCGGAGGGGGCCUCAUGAGCAAGUUCCUCUCGUCGAUAACUAAAAGUGAUACACCGUCGGAACAGCAGCCAUCUUCCACAGGAGGUCGCCUACUAGUGGUGAUCGGCACGUAUAGCAUCGGUAAAGAGCGAAUCUGCUUGGGCAUUGCGCGAGCGCUGGGAUCCAAGAUCUUUGCCAAUCCUCAAAAACAACGGAUCUGUGCCUGUUUAGAGGACCCCGAGUUAACCGCGCUGCUGACGACUGAUCCUCGGGAGGCACAAGUCCAUAUGCAAACACUGUUUGAGAUUCGGGCCGAUACCCUGGCCGACUACCUGGACACUCUGAAACCCCAUUUCUCCCGAGUGGUUGGCUUCCGACCCACUGGCUGGACGUACCGACCACCUGCCGGACGCAUGCUGGAUAACCCUCCCGUGCCGACGGUGCUGCGUGGCGAACAUUGGAGGACUCCGUUUACGGCCCAGCAUUUGACCCCCCAGCGCGGAAGCACGCGGGAAAGUGCCUGUUUCGGAGUCCCGUAUAGUGAGCAUAGCUCCUUUCGAGAGUUGACCAUGUUCUGUUGUGCGCUGCGGAUCGGCCGGGUCAUCCCCACGGUGAACGUUGGGAGCCAGAAGAGCCGGGAUCAGAUGAAGGCGUGGAUUGAGCGAUGGGAAGGGGAGAAGAAACGGAACGGCCUGUUUUCUGUGGAGGAGUGGUAG